AAGAACCUCAUUUAUGUUAGGUUAGGUUUCGUUUUCUUUUCAAAACAAUUUCGAAAACUUCGGUUCUAGAUUAUUUAUUUCAAAUAAUGUCGAUGAAUGUGAGACAUCGCAUUUCCAAAAUAUUUCAACCUUCCACUGUUAUCUCAAAGACCUCAAAUUUGACUAGACCAGAUGUUUCUUCCAAGAGCCAGAGGCUUAUGCUUGAACUUGGAAUAAUUCAACAAGCAAAUCCAGGAUGUUUCCAUUUCCUACCUCUAGGAUUGAAAUCCUUUAAUAAACUGGUUAAAAUUGUGGAUAGAGCAAUGUUCAACAUUGGUGGACAAAAAGUUCUUUUCCCAACACUAAUAAACAGUAAAAUGUGGAAACGUAGUGGUCGUUUGGAGGCUGCAGGACCUGAACUUUUUCAGUUGAAUGACCGUCACAAAAAUAGGUAUAUUUUGAGUCCUACCCAUGAAGAAGCUGCUAGUGAUCUGUUGUCAGCUAUAGGGCCAAUCUCAUACAAGAAUUUUCCCCUUAGGCUGUACCAGAUUUCAAGCAAGUUCAGAGAUGAAAUUAAACCAAAAUUUGGACUCAUGAGGUGUAGAGAAUUCAUUAUGAAGGAUAUGUACAGUUUUGAUGUUGAUGUAGAAAGUUCUAUUAAAACAUAUGAGGGGGUUUGUGACAGCUAUGAAAAGAUUUUCAGAAGUUUGAAUGUGAAUAUUGUGAAAGUUUUGGGUAGCUCUGGCACUAUGGGGGGUAAUUUGUCUCAUGAAUAUCACAUCAAAGCCCCUAUAGGUGAAGAUAAUUUACUGUCUUGCAAUAAAUGUGAUUAUUUGGCUAAUGUAGAACUUUGUCAGAAUCAAAUGUGUCCAAACUGUGGUGAAGAUUCAAAAAUUAAUAUCCAGAAUGGUAUUGAAGUUGGCCAUACUUUUCUGCUUGGAGAUAAGUAUUCCAGGUCUUUAGAAGCCAACUUUAUUUCCAGUAGUGGAGAAUUGAAGCCUUUUCAGAUGGGAAGCUAUGGCUUAGGGCUCAGUAGAAUUUUAGCUGCUUCCAUUGAAGUUCUCUCUUCAGAGACAGAAAUGAGGUGGCCAGAUUCUUUAGCUCCAUUCAAUGUUGUUAUCAUACCUCCCAAAGCUGGUAGUAAAGAAGAUGCAGCAACAAAGAAUUUUGCUGAAACUUUAUAUGACCAAUUGGAAGUUCAAAUCCAUCAGUUGCAAGACAAUGUUUUGCUAGAUGACCGUAGUUCUUUGACAUUAGGCCGAAGGUUAAUUGAUGCAAAACGUGUAGGGUAUCGUUUUGUUAUAAUAAUCAACAAAAGAACUUUAGAGCCAGUGCCUCUGUAUGAACUUAAUGACUUGAAAAAAGAUGUACAAUUACUUCUGAAUGAAACUGCAUUGAUAGAUUAUAUAAGACAAAACCUAUUGUGAUAAUAAUGAUAAUAAUAAAAAUAGUUC